CAAAAAUACAAGCUUAUAUAAGACAUUAUGUUGCACUUUGGAAAAUUGUCAUAGGCGUAUUUCACGAUUUUCUAACAUUAUAUAGAGUGAAGGAUUACUCAAUAAUUAUGACAAACGUAAUUGACGGAUUAAAGAAAAAGAUUGUUAGUCGCAGCCUUUAUAGUCAAGAUGUAUCACAAUAAAGACAAGCAACAAGUUUACUGCUGAUUUAGACAGUGUAUUUAAGGUAAUUCAUGUAAUCUGUGGUCACAGCAAACGUUUGACUUGGCACAGUAGGAAAAGCACAGGUGUAACUAAUAAAAUUAACAAUGACUCUAUCCAAUUAACGCGUGCCAGUGAGCCGACAUGCAGGGCCUUGGCAUCGGCACACCUGACUGGAAUGCAGCCCAUUAUUAAUGUUGUCCUGCAGAAUCUGUUGAUGUGCAUGGUGUGCUUCUACUCGCUCUACUACAUCGUGGUCAGUCUCUGCAUCGCACUGCUCAGGGUUCAUGAGAUCAACAGCUUGUUGACUCCAUUUGACUACACAGCACAACCGUCAUGGCAGAACCCCAAAUACCUCGUUGGUGUAAUUUCCACAGAAGUGACCUACGUUUUGGGAGGGCUGGUAUUCGCCUGGAUUGUAGAGGAGUGGGUUUGGGAUUACGCCAUAACUGUCACACUGUUGCAUGUUGCGAUGACUGUUGCAGUAAUGUCAGACUUCCCUUCAGCUGAGCAAUGGUGGAUAGCUCUGGGUUCAGGCCUGGUGAUGAUGAUAUUUGGAGGACAGCUCAUGGCCUAUAAACUCUUCAGAAGCAACUUUGUCUAUCCAGCUGAACUACAGAACUUCUAAUGAACAUAACGAGGAAAGCUUUUAACUGGCUUACUGGUUAAUCUCAGGCUGGAUACAUCCCAGUGGGUUUACUUUUCAAAAACUGCAUCGCUAGGUUCAUGUUGCAUCGAUACGAGCAACUACAGUAUGUUUAUCGAGACUGUGUUUAUUUUAUAAUGCAACAACAAGAAACACUUUCUCUACAAACCAAUUUCACGAGCAUUAGCUAAUAGUCAUAUACCUCCAUGUACAAAUGGAACAACAUUGUCUUUUUUUACAGCAUGUUCUGUUUAAAUAGUGUAAGGGCCUAAGAAUGAACGUGCCAGACAUCACACAGACAUCACACAUUCCCAUUUGUGAAGGGCUUUGGAUGAUAGAAAACUCCUGAAAAUUGUAACGUUCCACCAAAAGAAAUUUGGUUGAAGCAUUGCUCUCAUCUUUAGGAACAUUUUAAGUUUUUUGUUGUUUUUUAAAUUAUUUUUGCUUGACCAGGAAGUCAGCCCUCUUGGAUUUUGUGUGUGAAUUUUCACAUCACGAAAACAUUUUAGAACACAAGCAUGUGCAAGGGCCUUUUCAUUGCUACAGCUUUAAUCUGGUAUUGUUUCUUUACAAACUUCACACAAUAAGCUAAAUCUAAUAGAGGAGAUCACACAUAUAACAUUUUGAAAA